AUGGCCAUCACAGACUCCCCUCUUCCAAAACCACAGCAGCUACUAUGUCUUACCAUUACUGCCUAUCGUAAACCAGGACUUAGCGAGAGUGCCUACCGAGAGUACAUGACCAAGACUCAUGCUCCGCUAGUUAGCGGACUGAUGAAGGAAUAUGGGAUCGUGCGGUAUAACAUGACCCAUAACGACAGCACAAGUCGGCCUUUGCUUUUCCAGCUAUAUGACCCCGAAUUCUCAAAGUUGUCCGACUACGAUUGCAUUGUGCAGUUUGUCUUUCGGAACAUGGAGGACUUCCUACGGAUGAAGGCCGAUCCGCGCUUCUUGGAAAAAGUAGCGCCCGAUCACAAGAACUUUGCCGACACUUCACGAUCAACUAUGACGAUUGGCUACUUUGAAGAAUUCCUGGAUAACGGAGAGCUUGUGCCCAAAUAA